GACAGUUUUAUCUGUCUUUCAUCUCCCCUCACCCAACUGGAGUAGUUAAAGUUUGUCAAGCUACCAUAAAAGAGAUCGCAUCACUGAGCUUUGUAGUCGAAGGACAGCUCCGUGAUGGAGAUAUCUCCGUUAUUAGACUUGCGGAGUCGCUCUUCUUUUCUGUAGGACCGUGUCGCCGGCUAGGUUAAGUCGCCGCUGCAUAUUGCCAUUUCGGGACGGCUUCCUCUGUUCUUUUUGAUCAACUUAAUCCCCCUCCGAAAAAAAAAAAAAAAACAUCUUGUUUUGUACUGGGAGCCGGAUUCGUAGGUUUCAAGCUUUCUAUUUUUUUAUCCUGCCUCCAUAACCAACACUGUUAUCCGUGUUCUUAUUGAUUAUCUACAAGAUGAAAUAGAACAAUCGGACUUGCUUCUCAAGAGCUAACCCUGUGGGUUUGCAGAAAUGGGAAUUUUUUCUUUCAUAAACUGGAGUGGCGGCAGUUCACUUAGAUGCCUUUGUCUCUGGCUAUUGCUUUUGAUAGUAUCACAGAAUGUCAGCGCAGAAAGUUCAUAUUUGAUUGGGUUGGGGAGCUAUGACAUUACAGGACCUGCAGCUGAUGUUAAUAUGAUGGGAUAUGCUAAUAUGGAGCAGAUUGCAUCUGGACUUCACUUCAGACUAAGAGCUCGUGCAUUCAUAGUUGCCGAGCCCGGUGCAAAUCGAGUGGUUUUUGUGAACCUAGAUGCAUGCAUGGCAUCCCAAAUUGUCACCAUCAAAGUAAUUGAGAGAUUGAAAUCCAGGUAUGGUGGCUUAUAUAAUGAAAAAAAUGUAGCAAUCAGUGGAAUUCAUACACAUGCUGGACCCGGUGGUUAUCUUCAAUAUGUUGUUUAUCUUGUGACUUCACUAGGAUUUGUUCAACAGUCAUUUAAUGUCAUUGUUGAUGGAAUUGAGAAAGCCGUCAUACAAGCCCAUGAAAACUUGCGGCCUGGGUCAAUAUAUAUAAACAGCGGAGAGCUUCUUGAUGCUGGUAUUAACCGCAGUCCAAGUGCAUAUCUUAACAAUCCUUCUGAAGAAAGAAAACAAUACAAAUAUGACGUUGAUAAGGAAAUGACCCUACUGAAGUUUGUAGAUGAAGAAUGGGGUCCAGUUGGUAGUUUCAAUUGGUUUGCUACUCAUGGGACUUCUAUGAGUCGCACAAAUUCACUGAUAAGCGGAGACAACAAGGGAGCUGCUGCACGUUUUAUGGAGGACUGGUUUGAGAAAGUUCAUGGAGAGGCAAAUGGCAUAAAAUCUAAAGUUUCAAGUAAUGAUAGCCUAGAAAAUGGAUUUCCUCGUAAAUUGUCCAGCAUAACCUCCCAGUUGCAUGAGAACUAUUCCGCGAUGAAGUUGAUUGCUAUGUCAUUCCCAGCAAAUAAUGGUAGCGAAAUACCUGAGAACUUUACUAUGACAAGUCGGGUACGGAGUACCUUUGAUCAGGGAGUUAAAGCAAAAUUUGUUUCUGCUUUUUGUCAAUCAAAUUGCGGGGAUGUAAGUCCAAAUGUUCUUGGAGCUUACUGCAUAGACACCGACUUACCAUGUGAUUUUAACCACAGUACUUGCAAUGGAAAGAAUGAACUGUGUUACAGCCGUGGUCCUGGGUAUCCAGAUGAGUUUGAGAGUACACGCAUCAUUGGGGAUAGACAAUUUAAGAAAGCCGUGGAUUUGUUCACGGAAGCAUUGGAAAAGAUCAAUGGAAAAAUUGAAUAUCGUCAUACUUAUUUGGAUUUCUCAAAUCUAAAUGUCACAAUUCCUUCCAUUAAGGGUCAAGAAGUGGUCAGAACAUGCCCUGCUUCCAUGGGUUUUGGUUUUGCAGCUGGAACCACUGAUGGUCCUGGAGCAUUUGAUUUUAGCCAAGGAGAUGACAAGGGAAAUGCAUUUUGGAGGCUGGUGAGAAACGUACUAAAAACACCUAGUAAAGAGCAAAUUGAUUGUCAACAUCCAAAGCCAAUUUUACUAGAUACUGGUGAUAUGAAGGAGCCAUAUGAUUGGGCACCUUCAAUUCUUCCAAUUCAAAUAAUUAGAAUUGGACAAUUUGUCAUCCUUUGUGUCCCUGGAGAGUUUUCUACAAUGGCUGGAAGGCGUCUUCGUUCAGCUAUAAAAACAGUACUUACCAGCAGCAACUCUGGAGAGUUUGAUGGCAAUAUGCAUAUUUUAAUUGCUGGUCUGACGAACACAUAUUCUCAGUACGUUACUACAUUUGAAGAGUAUGAGAUCCAAAGAUAUGAGGGAGCAUCUACUCUGUAUGGACCGCACACACUAAGUGCCUACAUUCAGGAGUUCAAGAAAUUGGCCGCAUCGAUCGCCGGCGGCGGCCCUGACAUCCCUUCAGGCCCACAGCCUCCUGAUCUUCUCAAUAAACAAAUCAGCUUGCUUUCUCCUGUAAUCUUUGAUUCAAAACCCAUAGGUGUCAACUUUGGAGAUGUCAAGUCAGAUGUUCCUCCGAACUCAACUUUUACCAAGGGUCAUAUGGUCACGGCCACGUUUUGGUCUGCUUGUCCUCGAAAUGAUCUGAUGACCGAAGGUACCUUCUCGCUCGUGGAGAUCUUGCAGGGUUCUGAAACAUGGGUUCCGGCUUAUGAUGACGAUGAUUUGUGUCUCCGAUUCAAGUGGUCCAGGCCAUGGAAGCUCAGCUCUCGCAGCUAUGCUACGAUAGAGUGGAGGAUUCCUGAAACCGCAGUGCCUGGUGUCUACAGAAUAAGACAUUAUGGUGCUGCAAAGAACUUGUUGGGAUCGAUCACCCAUUUCACUGGUGCUUCAACUGCGUUUGUUGUGAUAUAGCGAUGAGCUUGUUGUAAAUACUUUAAACAUACAAGGCUUCAUUUAUUCUGGUGUGGGCUUUUGUAGCUAAUGAGAACUAGAGCUUUGUUUUGUGUUUGUAUUUGAAAUUAUAUCGGAUAUUGAAGGCUGUAUCAGACGUAAAGUUUUAUUUGUA